GUCACACUGACGGUUCUCAGACACGUUUUCACCGUCUGUGCUUCAGAAUUUAAUCUGUGUUUGUUUUAAUCAUGAUGUCGAUCUCAGCUCAGCUCAGCCUAACAGCAGACAUGUGGUAAUCAUUUCACCCUCAUCUCACUGGUGAUAACAUCAGUGUGUGUGUGUGUUGUUCUUUUGGAUGUGGUCACAUGACAUUUGUGCAGCAGGUCGCCGGUUUAAAACGAGGUGCAGCAGCUGUGUUUGGCCUGCGUGUUACAAACUGUGAUAACAUCGUGUCUUUCCUCUUUCAGCCUUCAUGCAUUCCCCUCACCAGCCCGUCUACACGGCCACUAAACACGGAGUCAUUGGCUUCACCAGAGCGAUGGCGGACGCGGCCAUUCAGGGCGACUACGGCGUUCGCAUCCACGCGCUGUGUCCGGCCUUCGUCGACACGCCCCUGCUGCAGUCGGUGGAAGACGAGGACAACAUGGGCAAGUUCGUCAAGUUCAAGGACGACUUCAAACGGAGCAUGAGCAAGUUUGGAGUUCUACAGCCGUCGCUGAUAGCAGAGGGCAUGAUGAGGCUGAUCAUGGACACCAGUCUACACGGAGCGGUGAUGAAGAUCACCUGCUCCAAGGGAAUCCAUUUCCACACCUAUGAGCCCAUGUCGGCCUGAGCUCCACACUCAGGAUUCACAUGCUGAAGGAAGGAUGCAGCGCUCUAACCCGUCUGACUGCAGCUCACCAGAGACGCUCGGGACGCUGCAGGAGCUUCAGUCAGAACUGCGUCUGUUUGGAUCUUUUUUAUUUAAUAAUCGUCUGCAUAACAUGAAAACAGUGAUCAUACAAACAAUAUCCAGCAAGCCAAAGUUACAGAUGAGUUUUUUGGCUAAUAGUUUGUGCGUCACAGGAAACGCUGGACUGUCACUGUGGUCCGCCUCAGAGAUGACGGCUUCUUUGAUUAUUUAAAGAACUGUAACAGUUACUCUUUUACAGCUGGUUCAUGUGACGUGUAAACACAAAUAAAUCAAUAAAUAUGGAGUUUUGAUAACCUUUA